AUGAUAAAUCUUCUUGACGAUACUGCAGAAAGAGUGUUCCACGAUGAAGGUUUAAAAAUUGGAAAAAUAGUAACAUUUAAUAGUAAAUCAAAGAUACUUUCUUUUCCUUCAUUACCACAUAAAGAAUUCUAUGAAUCAACAUCAAACGCUGUAGGAAGAAUAUUCAUCAAAUAUAGAUCAAAAGAAGAUAAUGAUAAAGUUUUUUGGUACACAAAAACAGGAUUCUGUAUUAAAAGAGACACUGUUAUCACAUCGUGUUUAGCGAUAGAAGAAUUAAAUUUUGAAAAAGUCUAUAUAUUCUUUGGUUGUGAUGCCACCGUUGAAUCUGAGAUCGACUUGACCCAUUUAGAUGAAUUUGGUAUUGAGUUGGUUUCGUGUGGUCGUGCAUUCGAUGCUUUAUUCAGAGAUCCAAUCAUCUUGAAAGGAAGCGACGAUCACCUAUAUAGUUGGCUAAUUUGUAACGAUAUAGAGAUUCUUCAAUUCAAAGGCGAGCCACCGAUAGACCAGCAAUAUCUAUUACCAAUGAUUCCGACCAAGAAACAAACUACCGAUUACUAUGUAAUGGGAUAUCCUGGCCAUAUCGAUUUGAAACAAUUUGCCGACUUGUAUGGUGAGCGAUCAAUGAAGUAUGGAUUACUUUAUGUUGAUGUCCAUAAUUAUACACGUGGUUUCCAAAGAAAGACAAUAUUUAUUGGUGAAGCUUUGACAUUCGACGAAAAAGUAAUUACUCAUCAAUGUCCAACAUUCAAAGGUACGGCUGGAGGUAUCUUGGCAGAUAGUGAAUACGAUAAAAAGUUUAUUGGAAUACACAUUGGUGGGACUAAAGAAGUAGGAAAUGUUGCACUCUCUGUUACACAUCCAGUAUUCUGGCAUGUGUAUAAAACCUAUGUUCUCGAUGGCGAUCCACAAUUCCUCAAUGAAAAUAGAGCUGAACUAGAACCCUUUUUAAACUAUUUCAAAUUCAAUCAAAUAAAAAGAUAA